UGGGGUGCCAUUGCCUUCUCCUAUGGAAGUGGGGUAAUCAACAAAGGCUUACUGGAAGAGGAGGCACCUGAGAUGAGUCUUGAAAGAAGAAAGAGAACUAAGCAGACUACAAAUGGGCAAGAGGCUGUCAGCAGAUCCAAACGUGAACAAAACCAGGGAUCCCUGAAGCUGUGUACGGUCAUUACUGCUUUACACAUGCCCCAGCUCAAGGGGGAAGGUAGGAGGCCAGGGAGGGACUGGGGAGACGACCAGGUCUUUAGGAGUUUGAAUUUAAACUACAGGUGUAUUAAGUUGGAAGGCAGCUUGUUUGGAUUUGUAAUUUAAACGAUGGCCCUGGUAGGAGUGUGGCAGCUGACUCAGAGGGAGCCAAGGCAAGAGGCAGCGGGGAAUGCUGCAAUUGCCCAGAAAGAGAGGAUGAGGGCUUGACCUUGGGCAGUGGUCAUGGGGACUUGCAGAGAGGGAUGAGUUGAGAAACAUUUAGGAGGGCAGGUUGUCAGGACCUAGUGACUGAUUGGCCGUGUGGGAUGAGGGAGGGGGUGGACUCAAGGCUGGCCUUGUCAGGGGCCGAGCAGUGAUGCAACCCCAGCCCCAAGGAAUUCAAGGGGUGGAGUAAAUUUCAAGACUCAAGGCUGAUCUCAGGUUGAGACAACGGUGAGUCUUGGGUGCCCGGGUGUGAAGUGGUAAGGGGAUGACAGAAUCCCCAGAGGCAGCUGGAAACCCAGGGACUGAAGGUCAGGAGAGAGGCCUGAACUAGCAAUGUAGAUGUGAAAUGAUGAGCAUAUGGCGGUGGUGGGGACCACAGAAGUGGUGAGAUGGCGCAGGGAGGCUGAGCACAAGAAGAGCCAGCCCCUCCCUGGGGACCCUGACCUUUAGGGGGUGGGCAGAGGAAGAGAUGAUAGGAGGCCAGCAGAAAAAGUGACCUCAUGCAGGCCAAGUGAGGAAGGCGGACAUGAGCAAGGGUGGGUAAGUGCGUUGACUGCAGCGGUCUCUGGUGAGAGAAGAACCAAAAAAGGCCCACUGGGAAGAAUGAGGAUUGCAGAGGGCCUCGUAGGAUGGGAAAGCCCCGAGCACGUUUGGAGGUUUGGUGGAAGGAGGAAGUCUUAAGAGAGGGGUAUUCUGGAGGCCCAGGAGAGGUGGGGUAAUUGAUGGAGGGUCCGGAGUGGGUGGCCCAGCACAUAAUUGGAAGGGUGGCCUGUCAGAAACAGGAGGGACUGUCCUUUCCCUCUGAUUCUGGACAGAGGUGACCAUGAUGGGUGAGGGGGUUGUGACUGGAGAUGGGGCAGGGCAGCAGGUCUCAUUUGAAGGCCUUAAUAGUUUUGAUGAAGUGAGGCAUCUCCAGGACCUGAGGUGGGCAGGGGUCAUGAGAAGAGAGGCGAAGGUCAGACAUCAAAGAAUCUGUGAUGGAAAUGGGAACAGGAAGCCGGCCAACGCAGGCCAGGGGACUUUGGGGGGUGACAUUGAGGAUUCAGCUGAGGCUGGAGACCUUGCAACUGACAUGGGUCCCAAACUUCCUGCUUUGGGCUCUCACCAGCCUGAGCGUGAAGUUCACUGGAGUUGGCUCUGGGUGUCAGGCUGGACAGAUAAAGGGAAGGGUGGUAUACAGAGGAAUCAAGGGUGCUGGUGAGAGGACCAUUCGCAUGACCAAAGCACUGGAGCAGCUGGAGAACAUGGGCAAAGGGAAAGAGGCUUUGAGGCUAAAACGGAAGAAGAGGGGCAGCUGUGGGGGAUGGUCUUGGGAGGGGGCGGUCAUGCAAUUGAGGACUGGACUUCAAUAGGUGAGACGGGCCCUGUGAAGGUUCCUGGGAAGGGGAGGCUGAAGCUCUGGAUAAUCCAGGUGUUGGGUGGCAUCCAAACAGAUACUAAAUGCCACUGGGCUGAUGGCAGGCCUUGGCAGGAGAAAGAGAGACCGUGAUCUGGGGCAGGUAGGCAAGGAGGCACAUAAAGCUGACUGGGAAGGUGGAGUCAAGAGGGAGGAGGAGAGGUUGUGGGGCUGGAUGGCAUUCCAUCCGCCUAAGGUUGAUGGGAUCUUGGAAAUACCCGCCAGGAUGCGAAGAGGGUGCAGGGACCUUGGGGGCCACUCAAGGAAGUGAGAUGUAAAAACAGGAACAGCCUCCCCUGGGGUGGACCGAGGCUUCAGCAUGGGAGUCCCAAGGUUUCCAUCACGAGGCCAAAGACCGACGAAGGUGCUCUUGUGAAUACUUUUUGUGUUCAUAAGAAGAAGUGAACCUACUUUUUAAAGGAAGUGAGUUCCAGAAGGGCCAGUGGGGAGGUUUGGGAAGGAAGGUGAGUGAGGCCUGAGCAGCAAGAGGAAAGGAGAUGCACUGUGGCCCAUGACUAAGGAUACAGGACGAGAGGCAUGGUGCAAGGAUUCAGAGAGGCAGGGACUUGGAGGAUGAGUGGGAGUCUUCCUGGGGAACAGAGGCAGGGGGAUAGGGGUGGGAAAGGGGGAAGAGAACAAGAGAGGAUAGCUAGUGGAAAGGCUCAUUCAUUCAUUCCACAAAUAAGUAUUGAGAGUUUCUAUGAGAUGGGAAUGGCUGGGGUACAUCAGUGAACAAAACGAUGCUCCUUGCUCUUAGGGAGCUUAUAUUCUAGCAGGGAUGGAGGGGGAGAUGGCCAGAAAGAAAAUGUGACAAGAAAAUUUUAGAGUAUGUGAAGAGGUGAGGCGACUAUGUGGAACAAAAUGAAGUGGGGUAGUGUAAAAUGGAUCAGGAGUCCUGUAGGUGGAGCAGGGCAGGGGGCUGGGUGGAGUGUGUUGAAAUGGAAAGUACGGUGAUCCAGGCAGGCCCAUGUUAGCCCAGGAAUCUGGGUCUGUGGAAAAUUCUGCAUUGUUUGACAUGGAUGGGUGGUAGGGGCUGAGGAUAUGGGAGAGGCACUCCAAUGGUUAUCCCGAUGGACAGUUUUGGGGGGAGUUUUAGACAAGAAGAAUUGGCUAGGUUGGUUGAGAUGUGAUGGGAAAAGGAAGGAGAUGAAAAUAAAUUCAUGGGCAUUUGUUAAGAGCCAGUCCUCUCCAAUCCCUCCAGAAAAGCCUAGGAGUUAGGAAGGAACUUUACUUAUUUUUCGCAACUUUACAUGAAAAUGAUGGCAGUAUUGAAAGGAGUUAGCACUCAGUUUGGUCCUGAAUUCAUUGCCUGAAUUUUCUUCAUGCAUCCUCGAACCCCCUCAUGAGGUCAGGGUCAUUAUUUCCAUUUCCUGAUGAGCAGUGUGAGGUUCAAAAGAGUCACACAGUGGCCAAGAUCAUAAACAUGAGAGCCAGCCUGCUCUCCCCACUACCUGCACCCCUCUUACCAGCUUCGUGACAUCAGGCAGUUCCUAAGUCUUCCUGGACUCAGCUUCCCCUUCUGGAAGUAGAGAAAAUAAAAGCACCUGCCUUUAUAUAGGUGUGGUGAAGAUUAAAUGAGAUAAUAUUACAGAAAACACAAAGAACAGAGCCCAGCACAUAGUAGGUAUUAUGGAGUGUUCCCUGUUACUAAUACUAAUGUUCAAGGUGGUUCAGGUAGAAAGGGGAAGAGCAGGGUUUCAGAUAGCCCAUGGUGGGGCUGACCCCUGCCUCCUCCCAGCUGACCCUGGCCCUGAGUGGGACUGGCCCUGCUGACCCAGGCUCAGGAAGGAGGACUGUACAUCCCCCACCAAGCCCGGUCCUCUGCAGCAGGCAUGUGACAUAUUGUGGUGUGAUGUGUUUUUCCCUCAUGGUGCAAGAUGUGACUCAGAGGGGCAUGCUGGGGAAAUGAGCUUCUUGGAUUUGCCCACCUCAUCGCCCCUGCGUUCUUUAGAAUUUCUCUGAAUCAGACUUUAUAUCUGGCGCUGCCUCUUUCACCCGCCUUAUUUUAUGCAGAAAACAGCCCCACGUUUUCCCACUUGCUCAACAGCCGUCAAGAUUCAUCUUGGGUCUGGCGAGGGCAGCAAACGGCGGGGAGGGCCAAAAGGAAAAAGAAAGAGAGAAAAAGGAGGAAAGAAAGGAGGAAAGAAAGAAGGAAAGAGAGAGCCAGCAACAAUCAAAACAAGCCUUUUCUCCCUGUAUAGUCUGGGCAGCUUCCAGGAGGAUAAUGUCUUUCCACCGCGCAUCGCCCCCCUCCCUCCCAGCCUGUUUUCACAGGAAGCAAAUCCUGGAGCACUUUCAAUGUGCCCCUCGAGGCAGAACAAUGAGGCCCUUGAAGCCUCGGCCCCGCGCUUCCUCCAGUUAUCCGGAGCCCCGGCCGAGCCCCUCCUGGAGCGGGGCGGGGAGGCGGCGGGCGCGGAGGGGCGCGGGGACCGGCUCUGGGAACUGGGGGAGGGGGAGCCUGCGGGGUGUUGCGGAGCCGCACGAGGGAAGCCCAUUAGCCAAAUAAUAGGUUUGGAUCCGACUGUUUUGCCAAGACUGCAAGCACAGCCCAGAGGGCAGAGAGCUCAUCUUCACAUCACCAUUUCCCCAGAGCCUGGCAGAGUCCAGCUGACUGACUGCGUUGAUAAUGGGCAAAGCUCUACUGAAUGCCAACCCUGUACCAAGUGCCAGGCUGUGCGGGAACUUGCAUUGGCUUCCCCGGCGGCUCAACGAAUGUGGAAGGAUCUGAUCCCAGCACCUCAGGGAAGAGAGAGCCAGGAUCUGCGGUGGCUCAGGCCCGGGCAAAGGGAUCUGAGGUCAUGGAAGCCUCAAGGUGGUCCCUUUUCAGCCGUGGCAGCUGGUGGGCUGGCAACUCGACAGUGGUGGGCGUCUGGGGGUAGUGGGGAGGGCAGGUGGAGCAGGGAAUGGGGCCCAGGCAGCUCUGGGACAAAGCCCUCUUUGCCAGCAUCCCCGGGCGUUGGCCCCGCUGACAAAUGGGCCACGGCUUCUCUCAUUAAUUUGCAGAGUGGCGUGUAAUAAUAAAACGCUCCUUAAAGCUGGGAUGUGGCAUGAGCGACUGCUUUCUCAGGUCCUAAUAAGGAUCAUUAACUGCAUAUGAAAAGGUUUUAUAAACAUU